CUUCAAUUCUCGUCAAGCUUCAUCAAGACUGUGCGAUUCUUUCGCGACGAUCAAUCUCCAGGUUCACACUCGCUCAACCAACGCUCAAUCGAGUUUCUGCGACAACCAGAAUCACCUUGCAAGGAACCCUCAAGAUGUCCUCCUCAGCCAUUCAGUCCUCGCUCACCACCCAGUACCACAAUCUCUUGGGCAGCAUCAAAGCACGCCCGGCCAACGCAGCACUCACAUCGACCGCGAUCUUUGCCACGCUCUUCACCGCGUGGGUGGUCAGCGACUUCCAGGCCUGGAAAUCCUUCGGCACAGGCGGCACGCCGCCCACAUGGUCCGGCUACUGGCGCAUGACGAAGCUGAGGAUGGGCCGGCUCCUUUCACGCGACGACCUGACCGACGCAUCGCCGCUGUCGUCUUCGGGACCGUCGUAUCUCGACGCCGCCAGCAUCCCCACGCGCGAGGGUGCGCGGCCACAAACCGUCUCACGCACGAUGCCUCAGCGCCAGGUGCCGUACAAGUCCGGGGUGGUGGCUCCCGGCGUGGCUGAGCGCACAGCGAACCUGGCUGCCAGUCUUGCCGCAAAGUAUCCCGACAUUUUGGAGUUGCGGAGAAGUCGGUCGGAAGGGUACAGCGCCGACGGCAUCUACGCCAAGGAGUCUUUGCCGACGAUCAAUGCCGAGUGUGAGCAGCAGAAGUUCAUUGGCACGGAAGUGGCGCAUGCGCAUCCUGCCGAGGGGAGUUUGCAUGUCUGGUUGAGCGAGGCGGAUGCAAGACUUGUGGUGGAGAAGGGCUGGGGACAGAGGUUCCCUCUCCCCGGGAGUCCGAAGGGGUGGAUCAUGGUUUAUACGCCGCGCACGAUGGAGGAGGUCGAUGUCGUGGAGAGGAUUGUCAAGGCUGGCAUUGCUUGGGUUAGUGGAGUUACGACGGUGUUGGUUUGAUCUUGGGACGGAAGGAGAGUAUGGUAGGGACCAGGUGGGCUCGGGCAUGGCGAGAGGGGUUACGAUAGCCAGGCGGUUUCGGCUGUGGGUGGGACAGACGAAUGGUAUCGCGGAAUUGAUGCUGCGUGGUCAUGGUGCAGCGUCGAAAGGGGUUCGAAGUAGGGCAAUGUUUUACGUGGUCAAGGCACAGGCACAGCACGCCGGAAAACAAAGAUCCCAAUGGACGUCGCAUUGGGAGAGAUUGAGCCCAAGACUCAAGAAAGGAUUUCGGCCUAUUAUGGAUCUUUACGAGAACGGAUUGCCACGACACAGUUUCUCGCUGGUAAAGGACUUUGCGCUGGAUACUUUUGGGGAACGGAGGGAAGGCUGUAUUGGUUUGCAAGAUCAGAUUGAACCAGGAGAAUAUACCAUACGCACA